UAUCCAUUAGAAUUCCGAGAUAGAAGGAAGGCAAAUUAUUUCCAGAAAAGAGAGCAAUGGAAGAUUACAGACUUUCUUAUAAAUCCAAUGGUAAUUAACAAUGCUUUAAAUGAUAAAUCCAGUUUACCAGACAUGUCUGAAAUGUUGGCAGGCUGGCUGGGUGGGGGCAGCACAAAAUCCAGUUCUAAACAGAAAACAGAGAAGAUAGCGGUGCAAUAA